ACACGUUUCCACUUAUAAAAGCCCUUCAGAUUUUAUAUUAUGUCAACAGUCAGAUUUAAUGUCGUCAAAUGUAUCGGGGAAAAGUGAUUACCCGCAGAUACUGAAACUGGCGAUUUAUACAAGACAAAACAUGUUGAUUACAUUAGUGAAAUAUCUCCCGAAUCUUUGUGGAGUACCGAUUUCUUAUCAUACUAUUAGCAUUUAUUAUAAAAAGGUCCCCGCUCUACUCAUUGUGUGUUAUAUUGUGAAAGACACAACAAAUAAAGUUAUACAAUAAUAUAAACGAAAUCUCAUAGGAAUUAUUCGGAAGAAUGACUCCUAUUAUUAUCGGACUUUUUUGUGUGGCCGUCGGUGUAGUCGGAUCUCCUUUACCACGUACACAUUCAAGACACUAUUCACAUCAAUUAGAAUUUGUCUCGAAAGCGGACUGGGGAGGCAGGCACGCUACUUCGGUCACCAAACUAAAAACCCCCGUCCCUUUGGUGGUGAUCCAUCAUAGUUACAUCCCCGGCGCCUGUUAUACGAAGGCAGCAUGUUCUGCUGCAAUGCAAUCUAUGCAAAACGCACACCAAAUCACCAAUGGCUGGGCUGAUAUUGGUUAUAAUUUCGCAGUUGGUAGUGAUGGGAGAGUAUACGAGGGGCGUGGUUUCAACCGCUUGGGUGCGCACGCGGUUGGUGUUAACGUAAAGAGCAUUGGUAUUGUCCUAAUAGGAAAUUGGGUCUCGGAAGUUCCUCCGAGAGUGCAACUGGAAUCUGCUCAAGCAUUGAUUAAAUUGGGAGUCGACCUCGGCUACAUCAGUCCCGACUACAGCCUGAUGGGCCACAGACAAGUCGGAUCCACCGAGUGUCCCGGGGGCGCACUCCAAAAGGAAAUAUCCACUUGGCCCAAAUUUCAACCAAAUAGGGAAUUCCACCUGACAUGACACUAACGAUUACGAUGAGCAAUAAACUGGUUUAACUACUUAUUUAAAUAA